AUGUCUUAUCAGAACCCAGGUACUUUUGCUCCGUAUACGCCACCACCUGACGAAACUCCAAAAUCACAGCGGUCGUCUGUCCGCUACGCUCCUGUCCCUCACAGCUCCUCCGCAGCUGCGUCUACUUCAGCAAGUGUGCAAAGCAGUAACCCAUUUGCCGGAGUAUAUCAGACAACGCACGGUCUUCCAGAGGGAACAAUUAAAGUUAAUAAGUAUGAAACUACAUUAGGACUAAGAGUUGAUGUGGAAGCAGCGUGCACUUAUCUUUUGGGAUGUGUGACCGGUGUAUUGUUCUUGAUUAUGGAAACAAAGAAUGACUAUGUGCGAUUUCAUGCGUGGCAGUCAUCUCUUCUUUUUGCUGCGGUCUUUGUGAGUAGUGUAGUUGUCUUUGCUGCUGAUCAUUCUUCCUGA